UAAUCCGUACGGGUACCUUUUGUACGUAUCGGCAUUCUUCGACUUCUAUUACCUGAUCAGCCCGCCUUAUCGAGCAGCAUGAACAACUUUGGUGUCUUUGAGGUCGCGAGCGCAAAGACGACCAACGCCCCGGGUUGGGCUUACGUGCCUGACACGGGGCAUCGACCGACGUCUACCCUUGCGCCUACGAACCGAAAACGAGCGAGGAACACUGCUCCAGGUCCGAGUCUGGGGGAUUUAACAGCCCGGCAGGAAGCGAGGCUACGUAAAGAAGUCGAUGCCUUGAUGAACGAUGGGAAUAGAGAUAACACGAUCCCUCUUCCGGGGAAACGAUCACAAGGCAAGACGGGCGCGACGAGGAAGAUACUGCAAUCGCAAAAGACAUUUGCGAAUCACCUAGACGAUUUUCACGCCAUGCAGCAGGCUGAGGCCACAGCAGCCGCCACAGCAGCAAGUAGCAAGCGAGGCUCGACCCUGAAGAAUCAAACCGACAUGGACACGUCCAUGACCGACGCACUCGCCGUUACCAAGCCACAUUCGCCGAUCCUUAAACCUCUUCUCACGCAUUUCCCACCUCCGCAUCCUGGCGAUGACGAUCCGCUGCUCAUGUCACGUGUGCCAUCCGUUCCGUCGGACGAAGAAAUCCGGGCUCUCCUAUCACAUCCGCCUUUGACGUACCUUGAAGCUAGAGGCACCUGGGACGGCAACGAUGCGGCGAAACCGCCUAUACGAGUAUUCUGCGAGGUUUGUGGGUAUUGGGGUCGGGUGAGGUGUAUGAAGUGCGGCACGCGCGUUUGUGCGCUCGACUGCCUGGAGACGCACCGGGAAGAAUGUGUCACACGAUACGGUUUGUGAAAGGGAAAGGCACAGGCGUUUUCGAUGUUUAUGAUACCCUUAUAUAUUGGCGUUUUGUGUAUGGUCCGAGUUGGAGGACAUUUUGAACAUUGGGUUUGCACUGGUUUCUCGGGCAAGGCGCGAUCGUUUCGCUUGAGGCCAGAAUCUUCGCUCUUGAGCAGCCUCAUACUGGAGGUGUCUGUAUCAGAGUCCAUCCGUUUGGUAAAAAUGAAGCGUACUGCAUCAUGAGGCAGUUAGAAUUGCACCACACAUGGUCGCUUCAAGUGUCCCUAAGACUCGAGUUCUGUUGACCCCACUUCGC